AUGAACGUCAACAGAAUCAUCACUAGAACUGUAAUUAGAUCCACCACGACCAUCCCAUCGGCUACUGCUACUUCAUGUUGCAGAUCAUAUUCCACAUCACCAUCGAGUCAUCAUGACGUGGAGAAGGAACUUUUAGCCAAAUAUGAGGAAAAAUUAAGACAAAAGGGUGCUGCUGUCGAAUCAAAGAUCACCACCGAGGGCCCAUUGUCACUCGAAAGAUUCUUUGGAAAGGAGCAAAAGAUCGAUCACGAUGCCUACGAAGUUGUCAAGCAAGAGUAUGCAGAGUUGAUUAGCAAGAUUGAAAGAGAAAAGAAGAGUGGUCAUCAUGAUGAUCAUCACAAGGAUAGUCACCACAAGGAAGAUCAUCACCACAAGAAGGACGAUCACCAUGAUGAUGGUCAUCAUGAUGAUCAUCACGAUCACCACCAUGAAGAGGAAUUUGGUAAAGAAGAAGAAGAAGCAAGAGGUUAUUUAUUUGGUCAAACUUAUCCACAUGGAAAUCCAUUCUUCCUUCCAAUUCUUUUGGCUACAUUGACAUGUCCAUUCUACUUGCUUGCAGGAGGAUCAAAAGAAAAGCCAAAUCCAACAAACAGAGAAUACCAUUACAAAAAACAACGGUUCCUCGAAAAGCAUGAAGAAAUCGAACAAAGAAGAAACAAGGCUGUCGUCACUGAUUAUCCAUUAAACAGACAAUCCCAAAAAAUAUAA